ACCUAGAACAGAUAAGUCGGGUUGGAUAGGCGCUGCAUGACGGGAACAUCCAUUUGCUUCCCUUGUCAGCGAAGGUGCACCUGUGGCAGUCGCAACCGACCAUCCUUCUGAAUCCUGUGUUCAGAUGGCAACUGAAGCUACAAUUCACCAAUCUUUCCCAUCGGAUGUCUUUGCCUUCAGUUCUACUUCUUGGCUUCUAGCCCCCCACGUACCCGAGGACUCUGGCCGGGCCAUCUGUCAUCACCUACACAAUUGUUGAACCAUACAUCACCAUUUGUCAACUGUGGCAUUUCUAUACUUCAGUCAUUGUUGUCCCCUUUCCCAACCACAACGAGCGGCAUUCGAUUGUCCGUAUUCGGUUUGUCUUAGCAUCGUUCAGCGAGCCAGUUUCGACUCAACCUCCUCUCGUCGGGCUGCCCACCAUUUUCUGCCUCACACCAAACACAUCAAUCUCCCUUUCCUUGAGAUAAACCGGAAAGUCUGCCCCGCAACAAGCCUACAUCAGCUUCGCGCCAAAUGCCAGGAAUUUUUUCCGAAUGGGAAAGCGGCGAGUGGCGAUCCCGCAACAGACCUUAUCCCGAUGACCACCCGUCUCGCGUUGCAAUACGCGGGGAGCGUCUGCCCAGUUGCUUCGAACACGGACUCGACCUUUGCACCAUCCAUGGCAUACGACACCACGACGCAUUUGCUAGAUCUGAGGCAGUUGCAAAGCUCUGCGAGACCUCUGCGGACAAACGCUAUGCCAGGGCUCGCAAUGCCCGGCUUAUCAUGAGCAACGAGGUCCCGGAUAUGCCGACGGAUGAUGUCAAACCCUACUGUAUCUGGUACCCCGACACGGCCAAUGAAGAGACAUACCGACUCUUGGUAAAGCGCUAUCCCGACAUGGCAUAUUCUGUCGGUCGUGCAUGCGCUGUGGCAGGAUACGAUGGAUUGUAUCAUGAGCUUGACAUCCUUCCCGAGGUCUCCAUCGCCGAAGAGGCUAGAGAAAGCUCGGCGGCAAACGCCGGAUCUAAGGCUAUCUUUGAGCACAUCAUGAAACAACCAGUUUGCUACGCCGUUUUAAACGAUUACACCAGGUCUAUCCACCACCAAAACCCACGGUCACCGGCGUUUAUGAACGGAGAUACAGCCGUCCGAUCAACACUGAAUGUGACGAUCGCCCCGGAGGAUGGAAGUUGGAGAGACGUGGGGUUCCUGGAUGAUUGGGUCCCCUUCGACAUCGCCGAGGACGGCCAUAUUGCCGAGGUCACGACACACGCAACCUGGUUUGAAUCACAGGGAACACUGCCUCCAGAACACGUUGAACUGCUUUAUUCACCCCUGCCCUCGCAUCUACCCACCAUCAUCAAAGACCCGUUGAUCGUUAUGGCCGCUUAUGAAGGUAAUCUGGACCGCUAUCUUCGCCUGCGACGGCCCGAUUGGGUCAUGCAAGAACAUGGGGCUAUCCUUCGAGGCAUAUACCACAACACUACCUUUGCCAAGUGGUGGUCGCUUCAGCCACGAGAGGACCUAGCAGGGAGCAUUCGAGCGGCCAUUCUCGCACGCUUCAUCAUGGUCAAUGACCUGUCGCACAUCACCGCAACAGAUCCACAUCCAGAAGAUGACUUUGACGAGAUCCCCGGAAUGAUAUGGUGGCCCCUUAUUCCUGCCGAGAGAACACUGGAAGUCCUUGCCAAACGCCGUCCGGAUAUGCACCUUCAGGUAGCCAUGGCCUGCAUUGCCGGCAACUACAAGGAGUUGUGGGACAAGUUGGCUCCCGAGCCGUCUAGACAGCUGUAUGAACAGGCUUCGCUACGCCGCGAUCCUAGCGUUCGCAACCACUUUGUCGACUACCUCGAGCGCCGUACUUCUGAGCUAGGGUUAGACGUCAAGGCCCUUCAGGAGGUGAACGAACUUCCUGCUCACGAUUGGUGCUGGAAUGCGGCGAGACUCGACAAGGAGCCCACUAGCUGCUGGUUGCCCAGUAAGAUCAGCAUAACGGCUGCAAGCGACUAUCCUGACACGGAUAAUGUCUACGGAAGUCCCGACCAAACCAAUUUGGCCGGUAGGGACUCCAACUGGGAACUCUAUAUCUGUUCAUCAGAGGAAGUGCGGGCCAAAAUACCGGUGUCACGAUCCGUAAUUGAGCUGUAUGGUAGUGAUGAUGAAUAGGGGUCGGCAAACAGACCGGGUUCAUUCUUCAGACAUUUCUGGGGCCGAAGUUGACAAUUCAUUGACCUGGAUACAGAGUGGAUUUAUGCAAGGGGCGGAUGAUCAGUAUGUGACUAUCGCAGAGUUGUGAGCACAGGGAUAUGGUGGUGGUGCUUGUGUUUGGGAGGAGUCGACGCUACAUACCUCUAAGUGAAGUAGCAAAAGGAACGUAAAGGCAAUAAGAAGACCAAUAAAUCACUGCACAAAGCUAUAUCCUGAGAACGUAGUCCUCAAACACACGCGCGAGGGCAGCAACCAGGCGUGCAUCACCGUUGAGUUUGACACAGUGGGGCUUUUUUGUGCUCGAACUUGUGGCACAUAGCGCGAUCAAUAGAGGUAGGUAGUGAACAAUCCAAUGCUUGUUUGUUUGUUAGCUUGGUACUCCUGGUAUUCCCAUAGACGAGAUCCAUCCUAAACUGA